AUGGACUUGUUGGGGAAGGACGAACUGUUGAACAAAGGGAGGAAGGUUUCGUUUAUGUACUUGCUUUUGAGGAUAUUAGUCAUCGGAAUUGGAUUUUACCGGAAAAACAUUAUCGGUAAGCAAAUGGUCAUAAUCCGAUCGAUGUGUCUGUCCAUAUGUGUUACAAACGUCUACAUGUUUAUCUAUCUUGAAAAUGCAAUGUCGAGAAAAAACCUUGAGCAGUGCAAGGCAUACUGGGUUAUCAUUCUCAUAGCUUCUCUGGAGGCAUCUGUGAUUGUGGAAAGCGUUUUCAAGUUUACCAAUCACAACCUGGGAGUUGUGGCUUUUUCCCUUUUGUAUUUAGGACUAUGCGUUGGAGAGUUUAUUAGGAUGUACUUCGUAUGCAAGGAAUAUGGAGACAUGUUUGAAUGGUACUAUUUUAAGCAGGGGGGUGUUAGCAGCAAGCUGAAAGGUAAGUGA